UCUAGACGAUGCAUUGGACUCAGUACCCAUUCAGGCAUUUCUCAAGAACCUCCAUCCAGCCAUGCGGGAGAGAGCACAGGCCAUCAUGGGCGUCCCUUGGGACCCCAACUCUCGCCCCAACGUGUUUGGGAGAUUGCCUGUUUCAACCCUCUCACCCUUCCUUCCCUUGAGUUCUCCCCUCCCCCACUCCAGUUUCGACGAUGCAUUGGACUCAGUGGGCAUCCAAACCUUCCUCAAGAACCUCCAUCCCGCCAUGCGGGGGAGACCCCAGGCCAUCAUGGGCGUGCCCUGGGACCCCAACUCGCGAUGCAAUCCCAGUCCCCCUUUGGUUCUUUCCUCCCUCCCUCCUUCCCUCUCCAGUUUCGAUGAUGCGUUGGAUUCAGUGGGAAUUCAAACCUUCCUGAAGAACGUCCACCCAUCCAUGCGGGAGAGAGCACACGCCAUCAUGGGCGUCCGUUGGGACCCCAACUCCCGCCCCAACCUCUUUGGGGAGAUGCGCUCACCCUUCCUUCCCCCGCGUUCUCCCCUCACUCCCACCAGUUUUGAUGAUGCGUUGGAUUCAGUGGGCAUUCAAACCUUCCUCAAGAACCUCCAUCCGGCAAUGCGGGAGAGAGCAAAAGCCAUCAUGGGCGUGCCUUGGGACCCCAAUUCGCGCCCCAACCUGUUCGGGGAGAUUGCGCGCGUGCUGCUGCUGCUGCCCACGCCCUAUCUCUUCUUGUCUCCUCCCCCCUCCCUCUCACCUUCCUCCCCUUCCUCCCCUUCCUCCCCUUCCUCCCCUUCCUCCUCCAGUUUCGAUGAUGCAUUGGAUUCAGUGGGCAUCCAAACCUUCCUCAAGAACCUCCAUCCCGCCAUGCGGGAGAGAGCACAGGCCAUAAUGGGCGUGCCUUGGGACCCCAAUUCGCGCCCCAACCUGUUCGGGGAGAUUGCGCGCGUGCUGCUGCUGCCGACGCCAGCAGUGGCGGAGGCAGUGAGAUGGGCGCUGGGGAGCGGAGGGAGGGACGCUGAUGUGGUCAUUCACUUUCGGCACGGCGGGAGGGACGCAGAUGCGCUCAUUCACUUCUGCGCGACGGGUGAGUGGCUUGGAUUCGCUUGCUAUGUUGUUCCCAAGGUUGGGGUUGCCGUCGGCGGAUGCAGUGAGGUGGGCGCUGGGCAGUGGAGGGAUGCCGACGUGGUAAUUCAUUACCGCCACGGCAGGCCAGACUCUUCGUAUCGUGCGUGGGAUGCCAACAAUCAUGUGUGGGUGGGACUCGUUUCGUUGCUCCCCUUUCCACCCACAGGCUCUAUAGCGCUGCAUGCCCGUUUUCUAUGGGUUUUAAUGGGGGAGCUUCAUUCCUCUCCCCCCUCUUCCUGCAGGCUGGAAUCCGUGGCUUCUGCGGCGGCUCUGUGUCUUAAAAGGGCCCUGGAGCACAUUCACAGGGUGAAGCAGCAGGACGAGCAGCAGAAGGAGCAAGCAGACGCACUUGAAAGAAUACAAACGGUAGCAGCAACAGAAGCAGCACUGCCAGCACCAACAGCAGCAACGGUUGGAGCGGCAUCUGUAAUUACAGUAGCGUCUGGAGUAGUAUUAGCAGGGCCAGCAGGAACAGGAGGAGGUGAAGCAGUUGCAGCGAUGAGACCAACAGGUGUUGGUGCAGGCAGCAUGGGGAGUAGGUUGCUGGCGUGGGGGAAGGGGAGAAUUCGGUGGGGCGGAGGCAGACGAUUGCUGGAGACAGAGGGUAGAGGAGAGGGUGGUGGAGAGGUAGAGAUGGGUGGAGAAGGGGAGGAGGUGGGUAGAGAAAGGGGUGGAGGACGGGAGGAGGAGGGCAGAGGAGGAGAGGGGAUGGGUGGAGGGGAAGAGGAAGGUCAGUUGGAGCGUGCGAGUGUGCGUCGUGACUCGGUGGUGGUGCUGCAGAAGCAGAAAGGGGGGGGAGGAGGGAAGGGCAAGGGCAAGACAACGACUUUUGAGGCGCCUCAAAAUCUGGAGCGUGCGAGUGCGCGUCGUGCGAGUGUUUUUGACGCGGUGGUGGUGCAGAAGCAGAAAAAGGGAGGAGGGAAGGGCAAGGGCAAGACAACCAAGGGAAAGACGAAGAAGGGAAAAACGAAAGUAGGAAAGACGAAAACGGGGAAGACAAAGAAGGGAAAGCCGGGGAAGGCGAAAUCGGGGAAGGCAAAGAAGGGGAAGAGGGUGAAGUGGACUCAAGGACAGAAGAAGGCGGCUGGGGAUGAGGAUGAGAAAGGAGGGAAUAAGGAAGGAGGGAGCGAGAACAAGACAGCAGGGAGCAAGAAAGCGGCGAGCGAUAAGGACAAGCUGAGGGUGGUGGUGGUGGCGGAUCAUCCAAGCGUGUUCCGCAAGAUAGGUGCACUGACGUCCGACUUUGCAAAGGUGGGUCUACUGUGCCGCUCUUUGCAAAGCCGCUUGCACCUGUGCGGCGCCUGUUUGAACCUCGUGUUCCACCACCUCUUCGUCCUCUCUCGUUACCUCGUCGUCCGCGGCGGCUGCCGCGUCCUACGCGGAUUCCACGCGUUGCUCUUCCAACAGCAGCUCCCUCGCGCCCUGUCUGCGGCGCCGCGACCGUCUCGUUUUCGCUUCGUCGGCGCGCUGGCGUCGGCUGCGGUACGAUCGGGGGUGAUGGACCCAUCCGCGAGACGGGAUCCGGAGCUGGAGGGUUCCGCGGAGAGCGCGCUGCCGCAGCCUGCGCCUGCCGGGCCUCGUCCGCGUCUCCUUGCGCACCCCUCCGCAAGCGAGCCCGUUCGCCGCUUCGAGCGGGUGCAAACACUUCCCCAUCGGCCUGCCGCGCGCCCCACCUCGCCGGAGUAUUCGUGGGCGCCUGCACGUGUUGCGUCGAACCGCCCGGACGGUCAGCCGCGGCAUGAGCGCGGGUGCUCGCCUCCGCGUCAGCCUCCUCGGCCGCCCUCUCCUCGCCGCCCUUCUCCUGAGCAUCGCGAGCACUAUCAGCGCGGGGAGGGGGGUCAGCGUUCCCCUGCACGUCCUCGCUCUCCUCGCCGCCCAUCCCCUCGUGGUCAGGCAGGCCAGCGCUCACCCCGAGCGCGAUCCCCCGCGCAACGCUCUCCGCGGCGAUCUCCGGCGACGCGGGGGAGGGGGUCGCCUGGGCGUCGCUGGGAUUCGGGUCGCCGCGAGCAGUCCCCCCCGCGUCCACAUUCGGCUGGUUCCGGGGGACGGCGGGGCUGGCGGAAAGGCGGAGGGCGAGGCGGGAAUGGCAACCAGCCGGAUCCUGCCCUCGAUCGCGCUGCGGACACGUUCGUGGAGGUGGUGAGGCAGGCCCGGGCGAGUGGGGCGCCGACUCACGUCCACAUUGAGGUGACCAACGGUCCCCCCUUCGCCGCGGACCCCGGCCAGGUUGCUCCUCUGCGCGCGCCGACGCUGCGCGAAUAUCAGCCCGCGCGUGGGGGAAGGGCUCAGUUCCGCACCCCCCGUCAGGUUCCCGGCUUCUCUGCGCCGCGCUUAUCUGUUGGCCGGACUCCUGGCUGGCCGGCGGCGUUUCCGCGCGAAGCGCUGACUGCACCUCCCCCCACUCGCGCGGGGAGAGACCCCAUGCUGACCAUGUGCCGGAUUUUGAAUCUGGCGGAGGCGUGCGAGGUGGUGGCGAACUUGCAGCUGGCGGUGUGUGGGGCCACGCGGAGCUUUCCGAGCAGUUUCGGUCCAGGGUCCCGAGGAUCCUGCGUGACUUUGGCAGAAUCGCUCGAGUCGCCGUUGGCACCCGUGUCGGAUGCGCCCGCCGGGAUCAUUCGUUUCGACAAUGCCAAGUUUGUGCGCCGACACCCAGAGAGCCCCCUCGCACCACUUUCCCAUUACCCACUGCAUCCCGCUUCCCUCCCUAUCGUUCCUCCAAUCAUUCGUUUUGACCAUGCUAAGUUCGUGCGCCGACACCCGGAAAGCCCUCUUGCCUCUGCAAAGAACAAAUCACUCCCAUCCUUCCGAGUGCGAGACUGGGGCCCCCUGCCCCGCUGGGUGGCAUUGGUCGACUUCUUCCUUGCCGCCCGGGCGCGCUACGCCUUCAUUUCUGCAGGGCGAUCAAGGGUCUUCACCACCUUCUCUCAGCUCGCUGCCUCUCUCGCCGCUGCCAGGAGCCUAGACACCCUCUCCCCUUCGUCAUCCCACUUCCUCCUUCUAAGCGCCUGCUACUUGCAGCUGCUGGAGAAUGAGUUGGCCAAGCAGGGGGGGAGGGGCCACGCCUAG